AUGGAGCCCAAGAAGAUCGCUGGGGUUGGGGUAGUACCCGCCACCGACAACCCGUUCCUUGAACAUGGAGCUUCAACAACUCGGCAGUCAAUGCUUGCUUCCCCCAUUGUGCGAAGGCAAUCUAGGUCCAGCCUGCAUGCCGAAUUCAGGAGGGCCUCCAUAUCUUGCGUAACCCGUGAGGCAACUGGGGAGAAUUGCGCGAAACAGAAAUUCAUCGUAUGGGCUGCCGUCAAGCGAAACAGAUCGGUCCGCAUCGCACCAGAAGAAAGGCUGGAAUGUCCAUUAUGGAGGUGCCGCGAGAGAUUCGACGACCACGAGCAGAUGCUGCAGCACGUGGCGGGCUGUCAGCAUCUUGCAACCGGCGCAUACUUCUGUCACGAUUGUAUGAGAGUUGAAAAAUUCAACGAUGCAAAAUGCAAGUGUUGUCUCGGCCAACCAACCAAGAGGAGGCGCAUCAUCAACAUGGCCAAGAAUUUCUUCAACAAGGUCGGUCACAAGUCGCGAAAGGACGGACCAAUCGACUUUGAAUCGGAAGACUUCGCAAUAGCUCCCCCCAGUUAUGAGUCGCUCGACAUCGCCCAACAACUGCAAGACCAGUCGCAAACUUAUCUGGAGAUGGAGGCCACCGAAAUCUUGGAGAUGGACGGUGAUGGUGUUGGACCAGCUCAGCUCGACUCGAUAAAUUACGAGCCACAGCCUGGUAACAUACAGAACCAUCUGACUCUAGGCCACGCAGAAUCUUGGUCAAUGACGAAUUCGCUUCAGGGGCUCCUGAGUGUGCCCCCAAAGUCUGCGAUGUCUCAGCUUCACGAGCCGGUGCCGAGCUCCGUGGGAAACAAACCGUUGCUUGCUAUCGAUACCCACAACAUCGGCCCUCCAAGAAAGGCCCCGAGACCAAAGCAUCUAUCUCCAAGUUCUUCUUUGCGUUCAAACAACAGCUCUCAAAACAUAUCCCCUAUCAGUGCUGGUUCUGGGGACUGGACCAUGGCAUCCACCAUCGACACGACCCUUACGUCGCCAAUUACGCCCUUCAGCCCUCCUGGACUCGAUUCAAUGGCUUUGUCGCGAGAGAAUAGUUGCAGGUUUCCGAAAGACCGUCGCAUCCAUCACAAUACCGAUCAUCUGAAUGGGUUCAGUUGGCCUCGGCUGGAUGACAAGACUGUGCCGGUCUCACAAGCUGCUGCCCAAAAGUCAGACAACUAUACUCUGGACAAUAUAGCUGAACUACCCGGAGACAAUCCUGAAAAUCUGGCCAUCCCACGUAUAUGUGGAGAGGAUCCCUUCCUGUUCUCAUUUGAACCUAACGACAACUAUUCCUGGUCAAGUUCUAUGAACACCGAGGCCAACGUAUUGUUCACAAGUGAUGACCUUAAGGUACCCGCAAUUGACGCGCAAACCGAGCAAGAGGCAGCGAGCUCGGAAACGAAGCCACUUGUUGGCUCAACCUGGGAGGUACUUGAACACCACAUCUCAAGCUCUGUUGGGAAAACCACCCACCUCAGAGGAAAUCCUUUGGCAAGCCGGUUGCAAUCAGUAUCCGCCAAAGAAGUCGCGAUGAUUGGCCUGUCAGCUCUGAAGAGGCUUCUCGCUGGAACUGAGCCUACUGACCCUUUUGAUUACCUCUGCUUUGUCCACGUCACUUAUGCCUUUUCCCUGAUAAUCCACGAAGAUGAUCUGGCCAGUCGGUGCAACGAACUCUUUGAGCAGGCCCUUGCGUACAGGGGCUUCUUGAAUCCCAGCUACCAUGAUGUUUAUGCGCAGAUUGUCUUUACCAUCUGGCAACCAAUUGGUCAUGAGGUAGCCGGCGCCGGUGAACGGCCUUCAAGCAGGUUAUUGAGCCAGAAAGGGAAAGAGCCAGAGUUGCGUUCGCCUUCGAGAUCGCCGGUCAAACCGGAUACAAUGGUGGUUAUAGCUCAGAACUUUUUGGAUGAUCUGGAGUACUCGGUGGUCAACAGUUAUGCUGAACGGCCGAUCGAGAUCCUGACAUCUGAUCUGUGGUCCAUGCACAUUUCAGAACACCGACCAAACGCCUCGCCCACCGAUGCCUUCGCAAUUACCGUAAGGUAUAUCGUACAAGUACUGAACCAGACGUUUCCGGAUGUGGAGAACCAAUCUCUUUCCCAGAAGCUGAUGGCGAUAAACCAAAGAGUCAAUGCCGGAUACAUUACAACAGUGCGCAAGCUAGAACUCGAACUCCUGCAAGCUGGCAAGAAUAGUAUGGCUUCGUUCGGUCUAUUCGACAAGUUCAUCCCCCAAGUCAGGGACUUGUGCGAUCCGAUAUAUCUACAGGGUAUGAACCCGCGAAAGAAGUACCACACUCUGGGUGUCUCUCUGAUGGAGUCGCUCAUCCUUAACAUGGGAACGGACAAGGCGCCGCCGCCUGAAUUUCAGAUGACCUUACCUGUAGGCCUCGAGUCGCUUGACUUUGAUUUCCUGGAACUGGGGAAGGCUUUCGGAGAGGAGACAUUAGGUGGACAGCCGGAACAACCUGACCUUUUGACCUUGGCAGAACCACUGGCGUUGAACUUGGAAGCCCCCAUGGACUUCUCGAUGGAACAAUGCAUCGAGGAUCCAGUGGGAAAUACCACCAAAUCGCCCAUAGAUACAUCGACGUCCAAGUAUAAGUCGACAGUCGACCCAACAAGUCUGACCCGAAUUAGCGCCAGUACGCAUACUUCCACAGCCUCACACUCGGAAUCACCCAGCGAGACCCUGAAGGCUUCGAUGGCCAACUCGCCAGAUCUCUCACGACCCGCAAGCGAGGGAAGCCGAGCUACCAAGGCGGGCAGCUCAGGUGACCUGGGCAGCAGCCAAAAAAUGGAAGCAGGCAGUUGCUGCGAGCUCUGCAGGUACAGACCCAGAGGUGAUCCACAGUGGUUCAAAGGUUCCAUGGCCAAGCACAUGAAGUUGCAGCACUCACCCCAGCCGCCCAAAAUCUACAAGUGCUCGUUCCCGGGCUGCACGAGUCAGUAUAAGAACCGGCCGGACAACCUGCGGCAGCAUCAGAUUGAAAAGGGUCAUUUUGUUGAGGGGGUGGAUGAUAAGGGGCGGAGACCGAGUAAGAGGAAGAAGAUGGAUGAUUGA